UUUAUUCUAUCAGCUGGAAAACAAAUACAAUGAAAUGUUUUGGAUAAAUUCCUCAAAUGGAGACUUGUUUCUCAAUCAAUCCCUUGACUAUGAACAAGUUCCAGAGUAUUUGUUCAAAAUUUGGAUCAGAGACUCUGGGCAACCACCACUUUAUACUAUGGUGACUACACGCAUCACAGUGAUUAAUAUAAAUGAUGAAAAGCCUUAUUUCAAUGAGAAAAAUGUUCAGCUUCAAGUGUCAGACAAAACACAGAAAGGCGUUGUGAUUGGCCAAGUGUUGGCCAUUGACAAAGACAAUCUGGGAGCAUUGCUGUACUCAUUCCAUUAUGGAAAUGAUGAUGGAGUGUUUAGAAUAGGGAGGAAUACUGGUGUUUUUGUGUUGGAGAAGGCGAGACAUAAUGGCUUUUAUCGCUUGAACGUAAGUGUAACAGAUGGUUUGUUUACUGCAUACAGUCAAGUUGUGAUUGUUGUUGGUGAUGUGAAUGAGCACAUUCCGCAGUUUGUGUCAGGUACGUGCAGAGGGUCAGUUGAUGAAGGCUCUCCCAAUGGGACAUAUGUGAAAACGCUGCAUGUUCUUGAUGCAGACUUUGGAACAAAUGGGAUUGUCACGUUUCAGGUACUUGGGAACUCCAAACUACGUGUAGAGCAAACAACAGGGAAAGUGUUUACAAGUGCAUCAUCAAACGAUCUGUACCGACCAAGCAGUUGUAAUCAUUGUAUUGUUUCGGCUCAAGUGUUGGCAUCAGAUGGUGGAGGAAACACUGCAUACUGUCAGCUGGAUGUGACUCUGAACGAUAUAAACAAUAAUGCACCUGUGUUUACUACUGCAGUGUAUAAUGCUGCUGUAGAAGACAGCAAGCUGAGUGGAACGUUAUUAUUAAGUGUGAGUGCUGACGAUGCAGAUGAAGGUACAAAUAGUCAAAUUGUGUAUAGCAUUUUUGGAAACUCCACAUCAGCAAGAAUGUUUGGAAUUCAAGCCAAUGGUUCUAUCUGGCUUGUUGGGCAGUUGAAUGCUAAAAUCAAAAUGUCACAUCAAUUUAAAGUGCAAGCAACGGACAAAGGCAAUCCAUCACUUUCAUCAACAGCUGAUGUAGUUAUCUCUGUACUUGACAGGAUGAGCCACCCACCAGCAUUCUCACAGGCCAAAUACAAUGCUACAGUUUAUGAGAAUGUUCCAAAGGGUACUGCAGUGAUCACAGUGAAUGCAACCAGUCAGGAUGGACGUGUUUACUAUACAGCACCAGUUGGAAACUCAAUGAGGACAAACAAGCCAAGAACCUUUUACAUGGAUAUGCUAACAGGUCAACUAAAAACAAAGGAAACUCUUGAUUAUGAAAUGAACAGUGAAUAUCUUAUUGUCGUCCAAGCUGAGAACGCUAUAGCAACAGUUUACAGUACUGUGUUAAUCCAUGUUAUUGAUGUUAAUGACAAUGCACCAACAUUUCCUAUAGUUCGCUAUUGCUUUUCUGUGCAUGAAAACAGUUCAGUUGGAACAACAGUUGGAAGGACAUUAGCCUCAGACAGUGACUCUGGCCAGAAUGGCUUAGUGAUUCAUGAAAUUAUUGAACCAGCUGCUAAAGCAUUGUUUAGUAUUGACAGCAAGGAAGUUGUGGCAACAGAUGGUGGGUCACCUCCCAAGUCAGGAAAUGCAUUGAUUGAAGUAAAAGUGGUUGAUGUCAAUGACAAUGCACCAUACUUUAGUCAAGAUUUUUAUUCGCUGGCAAUAAGAGAGGAUGUGCCUUCAGGAUUUAGAGCAUUUGCUGGUAUUUCAGUUGCAGAUGUUGAUGAACAAGCCACAUUUACUUACACUAUCAGUGGAGGAAAUGACAGUGACAUGUUUGCUGUUGUGCCAGGUACAGGCAUGUUGCAGGUACAAGGCAUGUUGGACUAUGAGAAAACAACUAGUUAUAACUUAAUGGUAAUUGUAAGUGACGGACUGUACAGAGCCACAACAAAUGUUCUUGUGAAUCUGCUGGAUGUCAAUGAUGUCACUCCUGUUUUCACAUCUAAGCAAUAUUUCAUUUCUGUUUAUGAAAGUGUGCCUAUUGGAAGUUCCAUUAUUUCUGUGACUGCCAAUGAUGGAGAUGCAACCCCUGAUGUUGUGACAUACAGUUUGCAAGGAUCUGGUCAAGCAUUGAAAUUAGUCAUCAAUGCACAUUCUGGAUUGGUGACAACAUCUGGGACACUAGACAGGGAGACAAGUGAGAGAAAUGUUUUUGUUGUUCUGGCUGUUGAUCAAGUUGGUCAUGUUGGUCACAGUCAGCUGGAGCUGACUCUGAUUGAUGUCAAUGAUGAAGCACCUGUAUUUGAAGAUGGUCCAUACAUUGCUCAUGUUGAAGAAAACAUGCCAGGUGGAACAAUUGUUGGGCAUUUUACAGCUCAUGAUAGAGACAAAGGAGAUAAUCAAAAGAUUACUUAUUCACUUCUUGCUAAUCCAGGAAAUUAUUUUGCAAUUGAUUCUGUGUCGGCUAUGAUUGUAACUCAAUUUGCUCUUGACAGAGAAGCCAUCUCUCAACUGACUGUUACAAUAGAGGCUGUUGAUGCUGGGAUUUUUAGAUUGACUGGUCAGACAAAUGUAACAGUAGAGGUGACAGAUCAAAAUGACAACUCUCCACAUUUCCCAAGCAGCAACAUGUUGGUGAGAGUGUAUGAGGAUGUCACUACUGGUUGGAGACUUAUACAGCUGUCCGCUAUAGACAGAGAUGUUGGACAGAAUGGUCAGCUGACAUAUGCAAUCACGGCAGGAAAUACGCAGUCUCUGUUUACUAUUGAAGCAAAGUCUGGAAUUGUCAAACUGUCUAAAUUGCUUGAUCGUCGUUCAAUGUCUUGGUAUCAUCUGACAAUUGAUGUAUGUGAUUCUGGUUUUCCUACAAGACGGGGGACUGGAACGCUUGAUAUUGUUGUACUAGAUGCCAAUGACCACACCCCACAGUUUUCACAAAUCACUUACCAUGUAACUGUGCAAGAAAAUGCACUAAUUCACACUGAAUUGUUGGUGGUGAAUGCAACAGAUAGUGAUGAGGGAACUAAUGGACAAGUCUCAUUUAGUCUAAUGAGUGGAGAUUUAGCAAACAAAUUUCAAUUGUCUCAUGAAGGCAGACUGAAGAUUGCUGAUCAUUUGGACUAUGAGGUAGUGAAGCUCUAUAAUCUCACUAUUGCAGCUGCAGAUGCUGGAUAUCAACGGCAAAGGACAGCAACAGCUAAAGUUCAGGUAUUUGUGACAGAUGUGAAUGAUAACAAGCCAGUUUUCAAGCACUUGGUUUAUGCUGCAAGUGUUACGGAGAACAGUAAAUCUGUAACAAGCUUGCUUCAAGUCUCAGCUUCAGAUCAAGAUUCUGGACUAAAUGGUCAGAUUGUUAAAUAUGAAAUUACUAAAGGAAACAAUGACAAACAAUUCACAAUUGACUCAUUGAGUGGGGUGAUUUCAGUUGGCAGUCAACUUGAUAGAGAAACAUUUAGCAAAUACACAUUGACGGUGAUUGCAGUGGAUGGAGGCAGAGCACCAUUGAGUGGGUCUACAAUAGUAGAUGUGACUGUUUUGGAUAUGAAUGACAAUCCAAGUAAGGGAGGUGAGCGUACCAUCUUUGUGAAUGGAUACAAAGGGCAAUUUGUAGCUGGAGUUAUUGGAACUGUGAAUGCUGGAGAUUUAGACAGCAGUGAUGUGUUUUCAUGUCAUCAUGUAGACAGCACUGCAUCAGACAUCAUGACAAUUAACAAAACCAAUUGCGAUGUUGUAUUACUGACUUCUAAUCCAACAGAUGGUCUCAUGGUCAGAUUAACUGCUAAUUCAAGUGAUGGAUCUCAUCCAGAUGUCUCAGUGACAGUAAACACUGUAUUUAGAUACUUUAAUGAUUGUGCAACAGAACGAGGUCUUUCCCUUGAACUCAAUGUCACACCUGUUCAGCUGCUUGAUCAUGGAAUAGAGAUACUUCAAAAUGCCUUAGCUACAAGUUUAGUGGUUGAUCCAUCAUAUGUCAAUAUCUUUAGCAUUCAGGAAAGUGUCUUGAGGCCAAAAUCUGCAACUGUAGUUACGUUUGUUGUUGAACAAGGUGGUAACUAUUGGUCAGUGGACCAACUUAUUGCCAGUGUUAGUGUCAACCGAGAGCAAAUCAAUGUGUUGAGUGGAGUAACCAUUUUGUCAAUACCAUUUGACUUAUGUGCUCCUGAACCAUGUUAUCACAGAUCGCAGUGUAUGAACAGAGUUGCAUCUUUGAAAACAUUGUACCGAGUUGACGGGAUAUCAGCUUCAUUUAUUAGUGUUUUCUUUGAGAGGGAGUAUCAAUGCAAGUGUGAACCAGGAUCAACUGGUAGACAUUGUGAAACAAAUAUUGAUGAUUGUGCUUUCUUUCCUUGUCAAAAUGGAGGAACAUGUGUAGACAUGCUGCAGGGCUACUCAUGCAGUUGUCCCUCAGGAACAUCAGGAAAUAAUUGCCAGAUUUCUACCGACUCCCAGUUAAGCAGUUUGUGCCAGAAUGGAGGAACAUAUUCUAAUCGAGAUGGUGGUUACGAAUGUCAAUGUCACAAUGCAUACUUUGGACACAACUGCCAGUUCUCAGUGUUUUCGACUGUUAACAGUUGCAGUAGUUCACCUUGUUUGAACAGUGCCGUUUGCAGUGCAGGACCGACUGGAUACACAUGCUCAUGUCAGCUGGGUUUCACAGGUCAUCUAUGUGAACAGCCAACAUUUCUUACGUUGCCUUGCACAUCUAAUCCUUGUCUUCAUGGUGGGAUAUGUUUCCCAAAGGGUGAAACCUUCUACUGUGAUUGUCCUGAAGGAUUUGUUGGUAAAACAUGCUCUUGGAAUGUAAAUCCAUGUGACUUAUUGCCUUGUCUAAAUGGUGGUACAUGCUACCGAGGACAGUUUAGUAUGUUUGCAUGUGAUUGUGUGUCUGGAUUUUCUGGACAGAGAUGUGAGAAGGCACCUAGACUUUGCCGUUCUAAUCCAUGCAGAAAUGCAGGAGUGUGCAUUGAUGAUGGUGUGUCUGAUGACUAUUACUGUAACUGUCCUGCCUUGUAUUAUGGAAAGAGUUGUCAGUAUGCUGUUUAUCCUCCAGACUACUGCUUGAGCUCCCCGUGUCAGAAUGGAGCUACAUGCACCACAGGACGAGAUACUUUCACUUGCACUUGUCCAGCAGGGUUCAAGGGAAAAAUAUGCUUAUUAAUUGACACCGUAUCAGAGGUGUGUGCUAACAAUCCAUGUCUUCAUGGCAGCGCAUGUCUUGUAAAAGCUGCAUCGUUUAACUGUCAGUGUUCUGCUGGUUUUUAUGGUGACUUGUGUCAGAAUAGAUACAAUCCGUGUAAUACAGCAGUGUGCUACAAUGGAGGGACAUGUCAGCCAGGAAUUAAUGCCUUUACCUGUUUAUGUCCAGAGGGAGUAGCUGGGCGUUUUUGUGAAGUUUUUUGUCCUAGUGGUAUGACAGGAAAUAGCUGUGCUCAACCAAUAGAUGCGUGUGAUCAUUUAGGUGUGUCAUAUUGUAAGAAUGGUGGGACAUGCGAGUCUCUAGAUGGCAAAGCUAUUUGUCAUUGCAUUACUGGCUUCACGGGUGAACAAUGUAGUGAUGAACAAAGCUGCACAUCCCUUCCUUGCAAACAUCAUGGAACAUGCACUUCAAAAUCAACUGGUGGUUAUGAAUGCAGCUGUUCAGAGGGAUACAAAGGCCCUAAUUGUGAAUUGACAACUGCAAGUUUUCAAUUGAGAUCAUUUCGAGCGUUCAGCACUGCUACUAUUGCAGCUUAUGGUUCUCUUCAACUGGAAUUUAUCACAGUGACAUCUAGAGGACUGCUUUUGCAUAACAGCCAGUGGCAGAAUGGACGGGCUGUCGAUUUUAUCACAAUACAGAUUAUAAACGGGCAUGUAGCAAUGGCAGUAAAUCUGGGAGAUGAGACAGAGACACUAAUUGUUAGUGAUGUCAUUGUGUCAGAUGGUCAGUGGCAUUCAGUAGGAAUCUCAUAUGCAGGAUGUGAAUUCAGUUUGUCUGUUGACUCGUGUGAUGCUGGCAAUCACUUGUGCCAAGCUACAAGAAUAGCACGUGGCAAAAUGGAGUAUUUGAAUCUUGGUCUGCCUAUGUAUAUAGGUGGGGUUUACCCAACUGGCCAACAUAAUUUGCCGUCUGCUGUUGGAUUUGAGGGAUGUAUUCGGAAUGUGUAUGUUGAUGAGCAGUUGCUGGACAUGGCUGAUUUCUUGCUGGAGAAUGGAACAGAGGACGGUUGUCCUUACACGACCAGUUGUCAGAGUGGGCCUUGUCGUAGUGGAGGGACGUGUCAGGAGACAUACAAUAUGUUUAAGUGUCUGUGUCCACCUGGACAUGUUAAUACUCAUUGUGACAAAGAUGCAGAGGCUGUUACAUUUUCUGGGAGCAACUACAUUCGCUAUUCCUUUCAGUCUCGUUCAAUACGCGAUACCUCUGAUGAGCAAGAAUCAUAUCAAGAGUCAUUUUCUUUCUUAAUUAGGCCACAACUGUCAAGUGGAGUUCUCAUGAAAAUGCUUAAUUCAGCGAAAACAGAGUUUGCCACAUUAGAGUUGAUUGCUGGUAGUUUACUCUAUUCAUUCAAUGUUGGCAGCGGUCGUCGUGACGUGUGGGCUAACAUUUCUCUUACAGAUGAUCGUUAUUAUUACAUUCGCAUAUUGCGAGUGGGACGGGUUGCUCAUCUGUCAGUUGAUGAAACUUCAAAUCACUUUACUGGUUUUUCUAGUGAUGAACAAAUUCUUGAGUUUGAUGCUAACAAUGUCUACAUUGGAGGUUUUCCAGGUCGUGUUGGCUUUUCUGGCUGUUUGAAAGAUCCUCGUUACAAAGAUUCUUUUCUUCCAUUGCAAGGCUCUAACACUGUGGCACGAGCUGAACCAAUAGGAGGUGUACAACAAGGCUGUGACUGUCCAAAUCUUUGUGGCUCUGCUGAAUGUGAAAAAGAAGCCAAAGUAUGUGUCCAAGAAGCAGUCAAUCGCUGCUUCUCAUCUCAAUGUGUAGACUUUACAUGUGACCUCUGCUCUGAGACAACACAGUGUGAUUUUCAGCAGCAGCGGUGUCUUUGUCCAUCUUACUACACAAAAGACAGGUGUGAUGUGGUGCUGGGCCAUCUAAUAAACAGUGACGAGGACCACAUCGUGUAUGGUGUAAUUGCUGGUAUUAUAAUGUUUAUUAUUAUUUUGGUCAUCAUAGUUGUUGCAGUGAGGCGACAACUUAUAGGAAACAGUGAAGUACUAGGUGUGUCACAUCCCAUGAAUAAUGAAACACUUGUGACUAGGCGAAGAUUCUCAGGUUUUCAGACAGUUGUACCAUACAAAGAGGAAGGAGGAGGAGAAAGUGAAACUAACCGGAGUGUUUCUGAUUCUGUAGCUGAUUUAGAACGUAUUCGUCAUGUUUCUGCACUGUCUGGUAACAGUACAACAAAGCUUGUGGUUAGAUGCCAUUCACCUGAAGUGUCUUCAGGUAGCUCAGUCAUAGAAAAAAAGCGGAAACGUGAAGAGUCGGAGGCCAGGACUGUUGAUAGCUCUGCACUUUCACUCUGUAACGUGAAGACAGUUGAGUCUUGUGCUCAUGAGUCGUCUGCAAGCACUGUCUCAAUGCCAAUAGCCAAGCAUGCAUCAAGUGUUGAUGUGUUUGCUGUUCUGGAGGCCAGAUUAGCCAAGGAAGAUAACCAAAUUGAUUCAACGUCUAGUUACGACAAACCAAUUGAGUAUAAGUAUGAGGGCAGCUGCUCAAAUGCCAGCAGUCUCAGUUCUAUUUGUGGAAGUGAUCACAACUUGGAGAAUGAACCCUACAGUUUUGAAUUUCUUCAUGAAUUGGGUUCCAGUUUUAAGUCUGUUACAGAUGUUUAUUCUGUUUGUGAGAGAUCAACCGACAAGAGCUGACCUAAGUGAUAAUUUUCAAAAUCGCAUGGUUACUAUUUUCGAUAUCAUGAAAUAAUUACAUAUACCUGACUUUUAAAAUACAGAUGUUGAGUUUUUGAUUGCUUACAUGGAAAUGAACAUGUUAGUUUCAGAAGCUGAUGCUAUAGCUCUUAUCUUUUGAUUUCAUUGUCUGACAUAUAUAUGCUCUUUCAUCA